AUGUCGACCGCCACUAUUCCCCCACCGUCUGCCGACGAGGACUACAAGUCCACUCUGCUGCCGCUGCUGAUCUCCAACAACGUCCUUUCCUUUGGCACCUACGUCCUGAAGUCUGGUCGCGAGUCUCCUUACUUCUUCACAUCCUCCCUCCUGCAUACUGCGCCCUUGCUGCGUGCUACCUCUGCCGCUUAUGCGAGCGUCCUGUCCGCCGAGCCCUUCGUGACCACCGACGCCAACGGCACCACCAAGCCCAACUUCGACAUUAUUUUCGGCCCCGCCUACAAGGGCAUUCCAAUUUGUGCGGCUGUCACCAAUGAGCUUGCUGUCCGAGACUCGCUCUCCGGUUCGCCCAAGGGCACCUGGGACAACGUGAGCUACUCCUUCAACCGCAAGGAGGCCAAGGCCCACGGAGAGGGUGGUAACAUCGUCGGGGCUUCCCUCAAGGGCAAGCGGGUUGUCAUCGUUGACGACGUCAUCACUGCCGGCACUGCUAUCCGCGAAGCCGUUGGCAUCAUCGAGAAGGAAGGCGGUAUCGUUGCCGGUAUUGUGGUCCUUCUGGACCGUGAGGAGCGUGUCAGUGACUCCGAGCCCAAGAGCGCUAUCGGUUGUGCUCAGAGAGAUCUCGGUGGUAACAUUCCCAUCCGCGCCGUUAUUGGUCUUCACGAUCUGAUUGAGAAGCUGGGUGACUCGAUCGGCGCCGGCGAAGUCCAACGGCUGAAGGAUUACCGCUCCCGCUACGGUGCGGAGUAA